UCGAUGACGCCCUGGCAAACAUCGAUUUCGAAAACAUCGAUGACAUCGAUGUUGGCAUUUUCUCCACUUUAAAAAUUUGAGCGUUCGGGAUUUUUCGUGGUAGGCGCUGUAAAAUUGCAGAUUUCUUGCAAUUAAUUGGCGAAACGGAGUGUUUUUAAUCGCGAAUCGCGCGCCUGCAGGCCCAAGUUAGGACGCCACGGCCGACGCUAGGCGCACUCGGGAAAAUCGGACCAAGUGAGAGACAAAGCUACGCUACGGUUGUUCGCGACGAAGUGCACUGUGCACGGAAUCAUCGUAUGCGAGCGAGUUUUUUUUCGCGUUUCAGUUUCGGUUUCGGUUACCUGCGCGCAGCAACCCCGUCGCUUCUGCAGAGCCUUGCGUUGCGUCCUGUGCCUUCGAUUCGUCGGAAUUAUCCAACCGUGCGGUUGCUGGUCCAGAGUCCGGCGUCUGGUGCACGCAUAACUACGUAAGCGAGGGCGAAAGCGGCGUCCGUCCUUCCGAGUGGCAUCCCAAGGCGCGUUUUCGGCUCAGUUGGCCAGAGUGCCAGUGCAGCAGUGCAGCGGUGCUCGAUCCUUGGAUCUUUAGUUCGUGAGGGCCCCACGCGCCCAAGCUAGCACGCUGGAGAAGCAAAACAAGCGCGCCCAGCUCAUCCGGGACAAGAUGGUGCUGGCCGAGCGCAAUACCACCGAUGUGGUACGCAACGGUCGCCGUUCCCGCGGUCCCAGUCCCAACACGCACACCACUGGCAGCGGCGGUGGCGGCGUCCCUAAUAGUGGCAGCCUCGCCGGCAGCGGUGGUGGAGCGGGCGGCGGUGGUGGCAAUUCGGCGAACGCCUCCUCCAACGACAAAGCAGCCACAGCCGUACCGGGUGCGGGCACGCCGGAGAGCUCCGACGACGACAACUCAACAAAGCGGAACGGCAAGACCAAAGCCAAGCAGUCGGAGUACGAAGAGAAAAUCCGCGUGGGACGUGACUAUCAGGCAGUGUGUCCGCCGCUCGUUCCGGAAGUGGAGCGUCGCCCGGAGCUGAUGAAUGAACGCGCCCUCCUGGUCUGGUCGCCCACCAAGGAGAUACCGGAUCUCAAACUGGAGGAGUACAUUUCAGUGGCCAAGGAGAAGUAUGGCUAUAAUGGCGAACAGGCUUUGGGCAUGCUUUUCUGGCACAAACACGAUCUUGAGCGAGCCGUAAUGGAUUUGGCCAACUUCACGCCCUUCCCCGACGAGUGGACCAUCGAGGACAAGGUGCUGUUCGAGCAGGCCUUUCAGUUUCACGGGAAAAGUUUCCACCGCAUCCGCCAGAUGCUGCCAGACAAAUCCAUUGCCAGUUUGGUCAAGUAUUACUACUCGUGGAAGAAGACGCGUCAUCGCAGCAGCGCAAUGGAUCGGCAGGAGAAGGCCAUUAAGGCGGCGGUCAAGGAGGGCUCCGAGAACGGCAGCGAGGUGGGCAGUAAUGAGGAGUCUGAUACCGAUGACAAGAAGGGACAAAGCAGCAAUGGCGAUAUUGCUUCCGCCAGUGGAAGCAUUACCACAACACCAACAACAAUCAGCAACAACACUAGCAACAUUGCCAACAACAAUAAUAAUAACAACAACAACAACAAUACCAACUCCAAUGCCAGCAAUAGUGGAGAGAACAACAACAACAACAACAAUCAUGGAGGAGCCGGUAGCAACAGCAGCAGCAACAACACCAGCUCCAAUGACCUGGACACGGAUCAGCAGCUGGGCAUCAUCUAUGCCCAAGGUGACGAAGUUCUUGGCUUUGGCACAUCAUUCACUGAGGGGGCAACCACCAAUGGCGCCAACAACAACAACAAUAACAAUAACGAUGGGAGCGCUGGAAACAGCAACGAUCGCAUUGUAGUUGGCGGUUUUUGCAAGACAUGUCAUGUGGUAUGCCACGUUCUGUUCGAUUCCCCGCUGGGGCGCAUGUGCAAAAGUUGUCACACGCACUGGAGGCGCACGGGCAACCGGCGUCCCAUAUCCGGGCCGGAGAGCAAUGCCCCCCGACGAUCCACUCACAACAGCGCCGCUGCAGCUGAUCGCUCCAAGCGCAAGCCGCCCAAGGGCAUGUACAUCAACCACGACGAUCUCACUGCGCUGGCGAGCUGCGAGAAUCCCAUUCAAUACUUGUCGGAAGGGGAUCGCAAGAUUACCUCCCUCAUGGCCGAAAUACAAAAGAACAGGCAGAUGAUGGAGCAACUGGACAAGGAAUGCGAUGCCAUCAACGUCGAGGAGGUGGCCACCAAGUCGUCGGUGGCCAAUGCAGAGACGGCAGCCGUCCAGCCACGCAUCUCAGCUCGCUGGCUGCCGGACGAGAUACAAGUGGCUCUCCUGGCGAUUCGCGAGUACGGCAAGAAUUAUCCGAUGAUUGCCAAGCUGGUGACCACCAAGACGGAGGCGCAUGUGCGUACCUUUUUCGUGAACAAUCGGCGUCGUUACAAUCUCGACCAGAUCGUCAAGGAGUACGAGGCUGGCAAAUCCGAGGAGUCCGGUGCGGAGGAGCAGACCGAAGCGGCUGUCGUUGAAGGAGGAGGAGCAGCAGCAGCAGCAGUAACAGCCGGAGCAGCAACAGCUAACGCUGCUGUUGAUACGCCGGCGGUCGUAGCCGCCGCCACCGCCAGAAAGCCGUCCACCGAAGCCAGCAACAACGGGGUUGAUCCAAGCCCAGAAUCGCAGGCCAAGAAGGAGGAACUCAAGAAGCCUGAGCCGGCAAAGAGCGCUGGCACCGAGGCUACUUCGGUGACUGUGGCCAAUGCCGCCAGCACUCCAGCUUCAUCGUCGUCGUCGUCGUCGGGUACGGCCUCGGCCUCGGCCCUGGCUUCAGCUACGGCUUCGACAGCCACAGUUAGUUCCAGCGCAGCUCCUGGUUCGGUGGCUGGUGCCACCGGCAGCAAGACCAGCACUGCCACCAUCACCAUCACCGACGAGUCCGACACAGCCACUAACUCAAGCAGCGAUGUGGUUACCGCUGGGGCCACCACCGCUGCCGCCGCCGCUGCCACUUCAUCACCGACCAGCGCUAGUGCUGCGCCCGCUCCAAAAGAAGAGACAACCGCCACGAGCACGGCAACAGCAGCAGCCACAGGAGGAGCUGGUGCUAGUCCAGCAGUUGCGAAUUCCAGUAUCAAGCGUGACAGUUCCGCGAUGAGCACUGCCGCCGAUCAGCAGCCGCCAGCCAAGAAGAUAGCGCUCAGUGGCAGCACCGUGGAGCUGCUGGGCAAGUAAGGAGGCGGGAGAUGUGUUAACUUGCAAAGCUAACGGUUGGACAAGAAACUGGAGGAGCCAAGGAUGGAAGUGGAUUGGUUGCCACAUUAAUUCUACAUACAUUUUUUUUUCUACCCUGAAUGAAUGGACUAAGUUAACACGUUUCGUUGUCUUCAAUAUGUGGGACGCAUUUACUAUAUAAAAAAGCAUCACCGCUUGAUCUAGGCUAAGAGGAGUUACUUUAUGUUUUUAUUUUGUAAUAACACAACACUAAAACGA